ACCUAAGAAUGUUUUAUUCGCGAAAUAACAAACUUCCUGCGUGAAUGUUUGGCAUGCCAGUGACAUAUGAGCACUUGAGACCCAUCUAUUUUUGUCACAGUUUCUGGGUGAGGGUUGGACUGCUUACACACAGUUGGCUUGUCGGACGCCACUAUUGGUCUGAAAUGGUUGUUUAGAAAAGACUGGUUCACUAAAUUAUCCAGUCUUCUCCUCAUGGACUUUUAUGAGAUCAGAGGAGGCAGAUUGGACGUGAUUGCAGAAGAAUCUGAGCACCACGAUUUAAGCAGAGCGUCGACCGCCAUGGAACCCUACAAUGUGACUUCAGACAGAGGGAGAACCUUCCAAAAGUUUUCUGUCAACACCAAUGAGUCCCUUCAUUUUGAGCCCUGUGAAGACAUCCCUCCGUCUCCUACUGGGGCGGAAGAUGGAAAUGAUGAGGAUGACGUGUUUAUGGAGGGAGGACCAGAGAGUGAAACAGACACAAUCAGAAAUCGUUUGCAAGGAAAAGUUGCUGAGAUGGAGAGCUUUGCUGGUCAUUUGGAGGAAAUCUUUCUCACCGUGGAGGAGAAUUUUGGCCGUCAGGAGCAGCACUUGGAGCAGCACUACAAUGAUGUGCUGCAGACGUUGUCUCAGAGAUAUGAUGAGAGGGCGGCUGGUCUGGAGGAGGAGAAGAAAGGGAAGCUGGAGGCACUAUACAACCAGCUGCUGGCUUGUGGCCGUGCAAUGGAUGCCUCCAAAGAGCUCAUUGAGACGGCCCAGGAGAUUUACCGCAGCCAAGACAAGAGGCUGUUCCUGAAGACAGUUAUGCCCACCAUUAAGAGAAUCGAGGAGUUUGCCAAAGGGGAACAAGACCUCACCUUAACAACACGUCUGGACUUUAACACACCACUAGCUGACCUCUCAGAUGUCAAAACCAUGAUGGACUCCAUAAAUGUUGUUCCAGCUCCAUCCGCCCCAGUGAUCAACCCCCAGAUGCCAAACUCUGCCACCCAGACAUCGCUGCGUGUCUGCUGGAGCCUGUUCUCUGAUGACACCGUGGAGUACUACGAGCUUUACUACAGACCUGUGCUGGAGGACACGCCAGCAGUCAGCACCAGUGCAGUGCAAGAGAGUAAGGUCAAAGUAAAGGAGACCCACUGCACUGUGACUGAUCUGCUGCCCAACGCUCAGUAUGAACUGUGGGUGACGGCAACCAACACCACAGGAAUCAGCCCAGCCAGUGAGAAGGCUUUAUACAUGACAGUGCCGUCACCUCCAGUGAUAAAGCAGAGGGAGUGUACCAGCUGUACAGAGGCCGCUCUGAUCCGUUGGGAGUCAGGAAACACCAACCCUGUGGACUCUUACACUGUGGAGCUCAGUGAGAUGGGAACUGAUGGCACACAGAGCAAUAUUACAGAGUCUAUUGUAGCUGUGCCCACCUGCCAGUGUCUGAUCCAGCUGCAGUCAGGACGGCGUUAUCUAAUAUCUGUGAGAGCGGUUAACAUCGGAGGGCCCAGCGACAGGAGUGAAGUUAUGACUGUGUCCACUACUGGUACAUUCUUCUAUCUCCUGGAGGACACUGCUCAUCCCUGUCUGUCCAUCUCUGAAGAUGGCUUCACCAUGUUCUAUGGAGAUGAGGAGCUACCCAUCAGCGCUAUGGCCUUAGAGGAUAACACCUUUGCCAGGUGUGUCGCUGUCCUGGGGGAUUUGAUUCAAGUGCGGGGCAGACAUUACUGGGAGAUUGAGGUGGAUGAUGGGACUGAAUUUAGGAUUGGAGUAGCGUAUGAGGACACCGAGAGGAACUCGUACCUCGGAGCCAACAACACGUCUUGGUGUAUGAGACACAUUCUCACUCCAACCAGGCAUAAAUAUGAAUUCCUACACAAUGGCUGCAGUCCAGACCUAAGGAUUACUGUGAACCCGGUGCGGUUAGGAGUGGCCCUGGACUACGAGAGAGGGACUCUGUCCUUCUUUAAUGUGGAUCUGGAGCAACAUCUGCAUACCUUUCAAUGCCACUUCCGAAAUUAUGUCCAGCCGUGCUUUAGCCUGGACAACCCUGGGGCUCUUACUCUACACAACGGGAUUGAGGCUCCUGAGUAUGCGUUCAUCUGAA